AUGAUGACGGACGUGUUCCUGUCGUCUCCACCGAAAGUUUCUGAAAUGAACACGGUUUUCAUCGCUUGGGGACAGCUGCUGCUUCUCGAUUUGUCCUACACCGUCGAUAACAGCUCGGAACCUUUCGAUAUCGCUUGCGAUGACGGAGGGGGCUCCGUCGACGUUUGGUGUCCUUUGGGGGAGGCAUCUGAUCCUAUCUCCUUUUUCAGAUCCGAAGCAACGGUGACUGAUUCUGUGCGAAACCCGAUCAACUACGCCUCCUCGUUUAUCGACCUGGACUUCUUGUAUGGAAGGAGCGAGGACGCUGCCGAUGCCCUUCGUACCUUUGAAGGCGGAAUGCUGAGUAUGGCAGAUGACAACAUGCCCAUCAAGAACAACGACGGGACUUGGUUGAUCGCGGAUCAACGGACAGCCAGAUUUCCGCUGACGUUCGCCCUUCACAUCGUUCUCCUCCUCGAGCACAACCGCUGCUGCGUUGACGUCGCGCCCGGCCUGAACUACACUGGCGACGAGGAUAUUUAUCAAGCUUGCCGAGGCUGGACGAUCGCCACAUUCCAGCACAUAACUGAAGAUGAGUUCUUGAUUCUACUCAUGGGAAGAAGCAUCGGCGAUUGGACCGUGUACCAAGAUGACAAUGACGGCAGCCGACGAAGACUAUCCUCACAACAGCGGAGGGAGCUGUUGUUUACUUUCGACUACUACGACGACACCGUGGACCCGUCCGCCGACGUCUUCGUUACGGUGGCCAUGACCGCCGCGUUCGAGUCGGCGCUGCCUUCUACCCUCCGCAUUGUGGGCGAGGGGUAUGUUGCUACUGACUACGAUCACCUUGAGCUCACCGUUGCGGCAGAUGAUAUCACAGGCCUGUUCGAGCACAGCACGAUCGGGGACAUUCUGCGUGGAGCGGUUUUAUCGCCCGCGAUGGCGGUGGGGGCGCACUACGCUUCGGCGGUAUCGAACGCCUCGCCGUUGUUCAAACUUCCAGUUGACAUGGUGCAGCGGGCUCGUGAUCAUGGGGUGCCAUCGUACAAUGACGUCCGGGAGGCAUAUGACCUUCCCAAGGCCACGGCCAUGUCGGAUGUCUCGGCGGACGACGACGUGGUGGAACUCCUAUAUGCUGCAUACGGUGGAGAAAUCGAAAACCUCGACGCUUGCGUCGGGGCCUUGGCGGAGGAGAAAGAGGCGAGCCUAGGUGGCAAUUUCGGCGACCUGCUGCACACAGCAUGGGUGUACCAGUUGUACAGGACAUUCUUCGGGGACCGGUACCACCACCUUCACUCAAGGCCGAUCGAGAACGUAUCACUCGCGAGUAUCUCAGGACUAAUCAAUCAAACGCUCGGCGUGACUGACCUGCCGGAAUCGGGUUUCAUGGUGCCUGAAGUUACCGUGUGCACCGGGGAAUGCGAAGCUGCGGGAAUAUCUGGGGUCUCGUUGGCAGAGCGCUACGCCAUGUCGUGGGAGAUUGAUGAUCAAUCGAUAUCGAUUUCCUUGAGUGUCCUGGAUAUCGGCGACAGCGGGAUGAUAGGCGUCGGCUUUGGAGGAGAGUCCAUGACGGACGCCCAGGAUUUCGUCAUAUGUGAGGUCUUCUCAGGGGGCGAUGCCGAGUGCAUCGACCGGGCUCCCACUGGAGGGCGAUCGGAGCCGCAGCCGGACUCCUUGGGAUCAGAGCUCGAAGGUACCACCGUAAUCUCGGAGGGACGCUGGACUACAGUGACGUUCUUCAGGGAACGGGCGACGCUGGAUGCAGAAGACUACGACCUUUUUGAGGAUAUCGAAAACGAAGUGGACACCCUCGUCAUCUACGCGUUCAAGAAGGGAGAGGGCGUGGGGCAACAUCCAAACACCAAUCGUGGAGCGGCCACGAUAAACUUCGUCACGGGAGACGUAGACACUCAUUGCGACGGCGAGACCAACUUCGUUUCGUUGCACGGCGCGCUGAUGCUCAUCGCGUGGAUGCUCAUCGCACCGUGGGGCAUCUACUACGCGAGGUACCGCAAAGGCGACGCGAUUAAGUGGGCUGGACGCCAAUGGUACGAGAUGCACGAGGAGAUCAUGAUCGUUGCCUCCGAAGCCGUGCUCCCCCUUGGGAUCACUGCUGUAUUUGCUUCCAGGGGCAGGACCUCGGAAGCGCACGCACACUGGGGGUACUACAUGAUCGCCGCGGUCGCAAUGCAGAUCUUCACGGGCUGGAUGAGGACCAAGGGGUUAGAGGCGAAACACUCGAACUUUUCCUUGCUUCACAGGUUCAACAAGCACUUCCACAUCUGGGCCGGACGAUUCGCAUACGCAGCCGGAUUGGUGCAGUGCUACCGAGGGCUGGAGCUCGUGUCCUCGGACGAUGAGCUCAUAUUCUCCGCAGGCGAUGGCCUUGACCUGCAGUCUCCUGAUGUUCGCUCACGUCUUGCUGAAAUUCCUGUUCGCUCUCUUUCGACCGAAAUACAGCUCGGCAGCUUCGGUUGGGUCAAGGACUACGUGUUCCCUGCCUGGUUUGCGCUAGUCGCCGGCGGCUUUCUUGUCUUCGAGGCGCAAAAGCAAUACCAGCGAUUCUUCAAGAAGGGAGCGGCUAGCGUGUGUGGAGUUGUGUCUAUUGUCAACGAGCUACACGAUGGCUCAAUGCACAAAGGCAGGCUGAUUCCGAGAACGUUGGACCUUCCUAUCUACAGCGUUGCAGCAUUCAAUGACAAGGUGUUGAGCGGCCAGUCCUGGUUGAUGGUGGAUGAAGCAGUUCUGGAUGUGUCCGACUUCGCGCACAGACAUCCAGGGGGCAGGCGUCUCAUCCUCAACGCCUUGGGCACCGAUGUUACUCAGGAGCUGCUCGGACAAGAGAAUUCUGUGGGACAUGCCAUGUCCUUCCCACCUCACGCUCACACCGGGAGUGCAUGGCGAAUCAUUCGUUCGCUUGUAGUCGGCUACAUCGAGGAGAAGGACGCCGGGGAACCUUCAGCUGCCUUGGAAGAUGAACAAGAGCAGGAGGGACAAGAGAAGGUCGAUACAACGACCGGUGAUCUUCCCGUUCCUGACACAAACAACCGGACGUUACGUCUCGCGGGCAAGGCGGUAAUGCUGAACAACCGACUGGCCUUGGGCGACGAUACCCUGGCAAGUGACGAUCCACGUCACGAUAUUCAUGUGUCUCGAACAAUGACCGCACAGCCAACGAAUUGCAUGCGCCCCUCGAGAACGGCAGCGUCGAACAACCCAGCAAGCGUUGUUGGCAAGCCGCCCAAAGAAAUGGACGUCCGUGCCGAUGAGAACAACGGCGUAAGGGAAAGCAGAACGAACUUGCUCGAGCGAUUUCAAGUAUGCCCCCUGCUCUUCCGAGAGAGGAUGGGAGCCGCCAGUGCCGUGGGCCGCGGUCACUUACCCAGCAAGCGCCCGGUCUACAGAUACAUUUUUUCGUGUCCCGCUAAGGCGCAAGCCCAGGCGCUGGCGGUUUCAGGGGUCUGCUACUUCAACAUGCGCGCCCAGGAAGCGGGAAAGGUGAGGCUUGAAGCGAACGGGGCGGUGGUGAAUGCCCUCGGGGAUCGCCUUUCCUGUGCGAGGUACAUGCUUACCUUUUUCGUGCGCUACCACGGGUUGUUGCGGCAUCGUUGUGGCGUGCCCGCCCUAGAGAUCACGUGA